AUGUCCGCCUCACUUCCCUCCACUCUGUCCUCCCUACUCAAACAGUCGACCCUCGAAGACCAUGAGCAGAUUCUCGCGGAAUGCAACAAAGCAUUGAAGUCCUCAAAGGACUCUGAGCCGGAAACCCAACAUGUCAAAGUUGUCGCCCUCCUGAAACUCGAUCGUUACGAGGAUGCUGUGAAAUUCAUUGAAGACACUCCUGGGUUGAAAAGAAAGGUCGAGCUCGAGUAUGCCUAUGCCCUGUACAAGACUGGCCGCCUAAAAGAGGCUGCGGAUUUGGCGGCAGCGGUGAAGGGGAGAGGCGCACAACAUGUCGAGGCACAGGCCCGAUACCGUCUCGAAGACCCAAACAUUCCUUCGGAACUGUACAAGCGCCUACGGAGUCAAAAGGUCGAUUCGGAGCAAUAUGAUCUAAAGGUGAACCAGGGUGCUAUCGAUGCACAGGCGCAGUGGCUCGGUCUUGCCGAUCCCCAAUCAAUACGAAGAGUUGGAAGAGAAGAUCUUGAAGCCUUUGAAACCGCGUAUAAUGCCGCAUGCGGUAGCAUUGCGAGAGGAGAAUAUGCUCAGGCCGAAGUUCUCCUCAAGCGGGCAAAGGAACUGUGUAAACACUCGGAUGAUCUUACAGACCAGCAAAAGGCUGACGAGCUCCUCCCCAUUUCGGUCCAGCAAUUGUUUGUGCUUCUCUCUUUGGGCAAAACAGCAGAGGCAGAGAGCCUAGCUGGUGAUAUUGAUGCAGCGCAAGCCUCUGACCUUUCGACCCGAACAGUCGGUCAGAACAAUGUCCUAUUGACUUCGUCUGUGUCCAACCCAUUUCUCGCACACAAGAUUUUCCACGCGACUCCCAACAUCCCACCAAAUGAUCGACUCUUCUCGUACCAGAGCGUCCCUUUGGAAUCCAACAGAAACACUAUCGAUCUACAGACUUUCAAAUUCGGUGGCAUUGUCGCGUCCACAUCAAAAGCCCUCAAAGAACGCACUUCUCCUUCUCUGUCAACCAAUGCACUACUUGCAUCUUUCUUCAAUGCAGCUGCUUAUGCCCAGAACGAAAUGGGCAGAGCUGGGAUCCGAAAAAUAUUGCCGACGCUUGAGAAACGGCCAACCGACAUUGGGCUGAUUACCACCCUAGUGCAGCUGUACGUGGCGAGCGGAGACAUCACCUCCGCAGUCGAAUUGUUCGAGUCAUUAUUGAAGAGACUGGAGAGCUCUGUCGCUGAGGACGAGCAAGACAUCAGAUUCAACCCUAUGCUUGUGAGUCUUAUGAUCAGUUUGUACAAGGCACGAGGUCAGAAAGACCAUGUCAAGCAGGAGCUUGCCAAUGCUGCAUCUUAUUGGCGGACCAAAUCGAAUGCACCGACAAGUUUGCUCACCGCUGCAGGAGUGUCACUGUUGGAAUCACAGACCAAGGAGGAUCUGAAACUUGCACGCGAUAUCUUCACUAAGCUUCGCGAGCAACAACCGAACGACAAGGCUACAAUUGCCGGUUACGUGGCAUCACAUGCCUGGGAUGACGAGGCUGUGGCUGGGGCGGAUACUGAUAAGCUGACGGCCACGUCGGAGCUCAUUCGCAAUAUUGACACCGAUCUUUUGGAGAAUACCGGUAUCCCACAGUCGUCAAAUGCCCUCACAAUAGCACAGUUAGGCCGGACAAGGAAACGGAGCGCUCCGGAGGGUGGCAACCUGAAACCUAAACGUAUUCGGAAAUCGAGAUUGCCGAAGGACUAUGAUGAAAGCAAGAAACCGGAUCCCGAGCGGUGGCUCCCCAUGAGAGACAGAAGCUAUUAUCGCCCUCCCAAGGGAAAGAAGAAAGGCAAGCGAGGAGGUGGUGGGAGUGAUGAUCGAACGCAGGGUGGCGCAGUGGAUGAAUCGUUGAACGUCGAUGCGAAGCCCAGUGCUGCUACAGUGGUCACAGCGUCUACCGGAGGUGCUAACAAAAAGAAGAAGGGAAAAGGGAAGAAGUGA